AUGUCUAUAAUAAAUGGAGAUGUGAGCGAAGGUACUGGAAGUUCUGGUACACAGAAAGGACGGAGAGGAAGGCCAAGACGUAGUAACCCAGUAACUCAGAUAAGUAAUUUGGAAUCAGAAGAGAGCAGCAUGAAUGAUAUUCCUGUGGAAAAGAAUGGAGUUGUUUCUGUGUGUGAAAUAGAGUUGUUAACAGAAGAGGAUAAAACAAUUCCAGAUGCAAAGUUAGCAAGCUAUAAUAUAGAGGAAGAGUUUGUUGGAUUUGGUGUGGGAUUAUCUACUGGUUUUGAUAGAUAUUUCCAAUCAAAUGGAUUUAAUUCGAUGGGAGGAGGAAAUACAGGAAUCAGGUUAUGUUAUUCGGGCUUGUGGCGGAAACUUCCCCAAAAUGUUCCUGUUAGAGAGUUGGCAAUGUCCAGGUAUCAUAUUGCAGUACUACUGAAUAAUGGUCACGUUUAUGUUACACUAAAUGAUAUGAAUGAGAGCCUUUAUGGCAAUUUUGAGAAUUAUCAGAAAAUUUCAGGAGUAUUAGUAAAUAGCCAGCAGGAGCGUCCAGAAUCUGGAAAUGAACAAAGAAACAGCAUAAAUAGUAGCAAUACACUACUUCUUGAGAGUAGUAUAGUCCAAGGUAGUUGGCUUAAUAUUAAAGAAUUGGAUGAUAAGAAUAUUCGAGGGCUUAGAAUUGCCUCAAUUGCUGUUGAGGCUGGUAACUUUGAACACAAGUUUGGCAUCAAGAGUUUUGUUUUAGCAUGUUUGACAAGUGAAGGCAAAAUUUGGAUUGUAGAACAUAACUCAUCUGUACAGGGAGGAUUUAACAAUCUCCGUCACAUAGAUCUUAGACAACUAAACCCAAAGAAUCAAGAUGAAACCAAAGACAAGAGUCUGACAGGUAAUGAGUUUUAUAGAGCUGUUGAUGUUACACUAUCCGAAAUGAUACCAAUUUACGGAAAAAGCUUUGAAAAAAUUGAGAAAGUUGAAGAAAUUAACGAAUAUCAGGACAUCACGUCUGAAAACUUUCUUCCGUCCUUCCCAUACAAAUAUGGAAUGGCCAUAACUUCUCUUUUAGUUGAUGGCCAAAGUAGCAGUAUUAUUCUUAAGAAGAAUACUGAGAUUAGUAAUUACGACAAAAUGGUUGUACUGGAUCUUCCAGUUACAUGUAGGAAAACUUUUUGUGGGCCAAAUGCUGAUUUUGGUCUGAUACUAUUGCAAAACGGGCUACUUUGGAGUUGGGACCGAAGAGAAGGUCUAAUCAAACAAGUAAGGCAAAGCCACGAUCCUCCUAAGUCUUGCAUCUCCAUUAGAGAGUUUAACCAAUCUGACCAAGAGCACUUCUCAGAAAAGAUUAACUUAAGGGUCUUAAAUGGUUCAUUAUUUGGGAGAAAGGUAAUUGAUUUUUCUGGCAUGAAUGGAGAAUUUAUUGCAUUGACUCAAGAUGGAAUUGUUCAUGAAUGGAAUGAUCCAGAUAGAAUGAGUAUCUUUAAAAGACCUUUAAUUUUAAACCCAAUCAUUUUAACCCCAAAAACUCAUCAUCUGAUUGUCAAGAAGGCUCUUUCAAAUGGUGGAUACUGGUCUUUUGAUGCUAUUACCUUGAAAUGUAACCAGGUUCCAGAUAUUCAGAAACCUUUCAAAGAUGAUAAUAUAAAGAAAAUAGACUUAAACACCGGUGUAAUUAAAGAAAUGAUGAAUAGGGAAAUUAAUGAAAUGUAUGAUCCAAAUAACCGAAUUAUUGGGGUUUGGUUAUUGGAAGGCAUAACCUUGGUUCUCUAUAAAGAUGGAGUUUUAAAAGCUCUUUACAAUUAUUUAGGUAGGGAUGGGUAUGAUACCAAGGUUGGCUUUAUCUCUGAAGAAGACGAGCUCUGCUGGAAUAGGCAGAACUCUUCAAUAAAAAACUGCAUUCUCUUAUCUUCAAGAUUGGGAAGAUGCAUUCCAGCCAAUCCAAUAGCGUUGGUUGGAUUGCUCUCGAAUUUUGAAAGAGGCAAAUCCCUUUCAGACAAACAAAAACAGUUGAUCAUACAGAGAUCUUUAGUUAAGCUUUCUCUCAGAGAAAAACCAGUUUAUCGUAUUUUAGCGUGUUAUAACUCCAUAGUACUUGGAAUUUUAAGAUCCAAUGCUAAAUGGCGUCCAGGAAGGGGCCAAAACUCUAAAAAAGCUCAGCCAUCAAAACUUAUAUGUAAGUCUGAUCCUUCAUCUCAGGAACAGUUCAAACUUAAUGAUGAAGAAAUGAAUUUCUCUGCCACUGUUAAUCUUAAAGAUGUCAAGGAAAUCGUUCAAAAUCAAGAAAAUAAGGAAGACUCAAACCCCGAAACUUUCACUUGUAACAAAAAUCAUGUUGCCAAUUUAUCUACCAAUCAGGAAUUAUCUACUUUGCAGAUACCUUCAGUUAAAGAUACCGAAACUAUUCUUAAUAAAAAAGUCGAUAUCCAUGAUCAGAAUCAGGUUCCAAAUAAAGGUAGAGGGUCCAGUAGUAAGAAACCCUCUUCUAGAAAAAGCUGUAACUCUGUAAAAGUUAUUGCUUCUUCUAUUAAAAAUGCCCAAGACAAUACUCCAAUUAAUUCAUCCACAACUACCAAUAGUGCUAUGAUUUCUACAUCUAAUACAAAUAUCCAUGUUACGACUAAUACUGUCUCUACAAUGGACGAAUCACCUACACUUUCAAAAAAUGAGCCUAACCCAAGCAUAGAAACUAACAAUGUAAAUCCUACAUCUUACAAGCUGAGCAAAGAUACAACUUCAAAACGUAGAAAUGACCCAGAUUCUAGUCCUUUUUCAUCAUCCGUUCCACCUACUUCCAACAGAAGAUCAUCUGUAUGCAGCCAAAAGGCUUUUAAUAACACAUCUAAAGCUCAAGUUAACUCUAAAACAAGGAAAAGAGAAAGAAGAUCUCUUUCUAAAUCUGAAGAUAAAGAGAACGCGAAUUGCAUGAAUAAUUUGGAUAAUAAAAGCUUAUACAACACUGAAAAGGAGGAGGAACAUUCUCCUUGGGGGUCAAAGAAGCUAAGUCUUGUUGAAUACGAAGUUGAGCAAAUACUCAGCAUUCGUGAAAAGCCUUUGACUAAACAAAAGGAAUACUUAAUUAAAUGGAAAGUUCCUGGACACCCAGUACAACCAACGUGGGAGCCUGAAGAAAAUCUUAACGGUUGCGAAGAGCUUCUACAAGAUUUCCUCAAGAGUAUUAAAACAUCCAGAUCUGGAAGGCUUCUUCUUCCUUGUACUGCAAUAAACAAAAUUACUUAA